UCUGUAUCGAAUCGACCCAACUCAACGCGCCCUCUUAUCCAUACUUACUGCGGGAAUAAACUUGACUUCCUCUGCUUUGCUCUUGUGCUUCCUGGUGAGCGUUUGCAAUAGGCAGCGUCCUUUUCCUUACACUUGCUUUGAGAGACAGCCGGAGCUUUUGAGCCUGCGCCUUCGGUCUCGGCUCCGCAGGCCUACCGGUACUCCCCAACCCAAUUGUCACUCAGCUCAGACGGCGAGGCUUGGAAGAGGGCUCAGCCACACGCGUCUACGUCGCCUCCUUUUCAACAUCACGCGCUGUUCUGUCUAUACGGACAACGUCGAAUUAAUCAUCGCCCAUUACCAGGAAAGCCGAGACAGCGAGUUGUCUAAGCUUUCUGACCUUUUCCGCAUCCCGCGGCGACACCAGACGAUACCGACGACGCCGACUGCGCCGACUGUAGCUUCUGCCUCUUUCCACGACUUCCGACGAAAGCUCCCUCUCAAUUUCUUGAAGGUUUCUGAUCAUCUGAAGCGAGCCUUUCCCUCACUCUUCUUCCGCCAUCGUUCUUGGCUGCCUCACCAUACCAUUCCAUACACCUCACUUCUAACGCAAAACAGUACGCGCAGCCAAGAGAAAAAAAGACCAAGACCGGGAAAAAAUAGACACCACCCCACCUAGGUUGCUUGGACUAGAUUGCCCCUCAUUCCAAUUCGGAGCUCGCACGGUGCAAUACGUUCACUUAAUUGAGGUUGAGGACCUGUUUUGAGACGUCUGGUGCGCCUGUUUGCCUGUGCCUCAUCCCACCUCCGACCGGCGAAACCACCAUUGCAGAGAACCAAAGUCGUGGCAGCACAUUACACGAAGCGCACUGGGUACCUGAACCAUAUACCAUCAACCGACGACACCUCCCACACCACCACCACCACCAGAGGAUAUCCUCUUAAACAAGGAAAGCGCGGACUGAGCGAAUACCAGAAACUCACAACCAUGUCGAUCAGAAUAGCGCUCGACAAUGCGCCAGAGUUCUACACCAACCUAGACAAUGUCAAAGGCCGCGUCGUGCUCCACCUCAGCAGGCCAGAGCAGAUUGGCGGCAUCGUCGUCAAGCUCGAGGGUGAGUCCAAGACCGCCCUCGGCCUGCCGCAGGACAGCUACCACGAGCGUAACACCCGGCCCGGAGGCGGGCCCGGGAGCAUCGCGAGUGAGAACCACAAAAUCCUCUAUCGGGUCGCACAGGUUUUCCCAACGUACGAGGAGGAUCUCGGCGGCGGCGGCUCGAGUUUCUCCCAAAGCUACGUCAUCCAGGGAGGUCAGCACGAGUUCCCCUUCAACUUCAAGCUGCCCAUCAACAAUGCCUGCAGCGAUCCCGUCUCCAUGUCCAAGAUUGGUGGCAUCGGCGGCAUGGGAGGCUUCGGCGCCGGCAUCGGGCCCUUUGGACUCGGUGGCGCCCGGGUCAUGGACGGGAGCAAGCAGCUCUUCCUGCAGCACGUCACCAAAACCUUGCCGCCGUCCUUCACCGGGUUCCCCCGGCAGGCCGAGGUGCGGUACUACCUCAAGGUCACCAUCCAGCGCCCGGGCUUCUUGAAGGAGAACUGGCGGUACCAGAUCGGCUUCAAGUUCAUGCCCAUCGAGCCACCCCGGCCACCAAAGACCUCACAGGAGGCCUUUGCCCGUCGACCUUUCACCUUUAAACCGCGGCCCCGGAGCUUACAGACAAAGAAGUCAACCAUGUUCGGCUCCAGCAGGGACGACGGUACCGGGGACGCCAACGCCGUGCCACCGUCCAUCGAACUCUCUGCCCGCCUGCCACACCCCCCGAUAUUAACGUGCAAUCAACCUUUACCGCUACGGCUCAUCGCAAAGAAGCUCGUCCCGUCACAUGAACAGGUAUACCUCACCUCCAUCCAGAUCGAACUCGUCGGCAAUACCCGUGUACGAUGCCACGACCUCUUCAACACGGAAGUCAGCAAAUGGGUCGUCGUCACGCAGUCCGGUCUCAGCAUCCCGCUUCUCACGGAUCCAACCUCGGAAGACCUGAACCUCGAGAGCGUCAUCCCGGACGACCUGUGGCGCUCCAUCCCGCUACCCAACACCGUCGCGCCCUCCUUUAUGGCGUGUAACCUCCAGCGCUUCUACGAGCUCGACAUCCAGCUAGGCCUCUGCUGGGGUAAACCGCCCACGCGCAGCGGCUUCCUCAACUCGACAAAGGAGAACCCCGCAGCGCAGACAAUCUACCUCCCGCUUCAUUUUUCCAAGAUUCAGAUAUACUCGGGCAUCGCACCGCCGCCGCAGCUGCUCGAGGCGCUCGCGGCGCAGGCUAACAGGCCCGGCGCGGCGACGAUGAGCAUGCCGCCUAGGUUACCACCUCGCACGGCGCAGUCCGCCCCCGUGACGGUUACACAGGGGCGACCUCACGGCCAACAACAGAGACCACCGCAGCAACACCCUGCGAUGGCGGCGCCGCAGUAUGACCCGCUGUACCCGCCGCAGAUGGGCACACCGGGGGCGGCCAACUUUGACGAGGCGCCGCCUAGUUACGAUGAGGCUAUGGCUGCGGAGGCGCCUGCGCCGGGACCGGAGUCGAGGCCGGCGUAUAGUGGCGUUACGAACGAGAAUGCGCCGAGUCAGAUUCCGGAGAAGGGGAAUUAGAGAAGGUGGAUGAAAGCUGAGAAACGGGAUUUGGAAGUGGGUGUGUUUUGAUGUUUGUGUGUUUUGAGAUGCUCGGGCUCUUUGAGAGAUGAGGCGGGUGUACAUGGGGGGGAUGGGAAUACCUUGGGGGGAAACUAAUGAGUAAUGUCGGGGUUUGUUUGGUGUGUUGAGAAAGCUGGUAGAGGCUCGACAGAUGGACAUCGACGUGGACAAGAGGUUAGCGGAUGGUGAAGCGUUUUCGUUUAUUAUACCAUGAUCAAUACUGAAG